UUACAAUGAAGAUUCUUUACUAGCAAUUUGCUAGCAUUGCUACAGAAGACACGUGCAUGUGGGUGGGAAAGGCAGAUAAGAAGCCAAGCUUUGUUGAAAUGGAAGGAUUGAUGAAACCAAUACAACAUUUCAUGGUCUUGAAGAGAGCUUGAGCAGCAGCAGGAAGAAUCAAUUAAAUUUGAAGCCGAACUUGGAAAACUUAUCAAACUGGGGUGUUUUUCUCAGUUCUUUGUAUGGGUUUGAUUCUUUUGAAGCGUUUACCAUAAUCAACAAACACUAGUUUGUAGCAGUGUGUAUACAUUUAAUAGUGGAAAGAAAUAUAUUGAUCUAUGGAGAAGUUAGUGUGGAAUGACAACUCAUUUAUUCUGGCUGGAGAAUCAAAUCCAUAUCCAUGGGCCUCUAGGACCUUACUUUCUUGUCAAAUGCCUGACUCAAUCUCAGGGAACGUUUAUGAAAGUUAUCAUUUGGGUAUGCAGCAGCAAUCUGAUAUUAUUGGUAAUCAACUGAUACAGUCCAGUGUCAUUGCUCAUCAAUACCCACUUCAUCAAACAAAUCAAAUGACAGGCCAGCUAGUGAUUCCAAGCUCCAUGGAUAAAACUGCAGCAGAUUCACUACAUACAAGCUCCAGAUCUGUAAGAGGCUGGGGAUAUGCUUCACCCACAGAAAUCCCAGAUUCAUCUACUGCUGCUACUGAUAUGUUCAUAUCCAAGCAUGAGAUGAACCAAAAUUACUGUGGCUCUUUUGAUCAAGCUGGUCCUUCAUCAUGCAAUGAUUUAAUGCAGCUGUGUUAUACUUAUGAUGCCAACCAGCUGUUAAGCCUGCAGUCCACCAUUGAAUCAUUGGACAGCGUACUUUCCUCUGAUAAUGGUGGGAUCUCAGCAACUAGUACCACAGAGGACAAUAUGAAACCCAUGGUAUUGUCUGCUCAGAACCCACCACAAAAAAGUACCAGCAGUAUUAUGACUUAUUCGGUACAAAGACACAGUAAUAGUAAUGAGAAGAAUCAAUCCAAUUCUCAUUCCCAAGGCUCUUCGGAUCCCAUCACCAUGAAAUCCAAGGCCAUGAAUUGCAAACCCAAAUCCAAAACCAAACCCAAAUCCAAAGCCAAAGGCAAAACACAUGAAGCUAAUCCUCAGCUUGGAACACACUACAAUUAUUCCUCCUCUACUUCAUCAUCUUCAUGCCUUGUUUUUGGCCAAGCAGAUCCAGCAGGAAUAGAACCAGAUGCAGAAGCCAUUGCUAGUGUGAGAGAAAUGAUUUACAGGGCUGCAGCUUUCAGACCUGUGAAUCUAGGGACUGAAGUCUUGGACAAGCCCAUGAAGCGCAAGAAUAUCAAGAUUUCAAGUGUUCCACAAACAGUUUCAGCUCGUGAGAGAAGGGAAAGGAUCAGUGACAAGAUAAGAAUACUUCAAAGGCUUGUUCCAGGUGCUACUAAAAUGGAUACAGCUUCCAUGCUAGAGGAAGCAGCCAACUAUCUCAAGUUUCUCAAGGCCCAGGUUAAUGCCCUCCAAUCCAUGGGUACUGGUAAUAACAAGGACAGUAUCAAUUCUAUGGCAGGCUUGUGUUUUUCCACCAGUAAUUCUCUCAAUUCCUUCUCUUUCAAUACUGCUCUGAAUUCUCAAAAUUUAUCAGAAAGGUAUGCAGUAAAUAAGACAACCUGAGCUGCUAGUUUUGCCAUUUACAAUUGUAACACAGAUUGAUUGUCCAUGUACCAGGCUUCAAUAGAAAUUGGGUGCAGCGCUAGUAAUCUAAACUUGCUCAUGAAUAGAAAUCUGAGUAAGUCUAAAUUACCUGAUUCUGUAACCAUGUUGAGAGAUAAAAUCAUUUUUAUUUU